UAAACCAAUUAGAAAUAUAUUUACACAACAAAUACUUAAAAUUUUUACUGAAACUAAAAACUAGCAUUUCUUUUAGAUACAAAGGAAUUCGCUUUCUUCAUGCGAGUAUGCCAUCUUCCAUCAAACCUAAGGGGUCCGCUGGCAACAGCAGGGUACCCCCGGUCACCCCAAUGUCUGAAAGACAACAAAUGGCUCUUUUAAUGCAAAUGACUUCUCAGUCGAAUGAUUCAGGUUCUCGGAGCCCCAGUAGCAGUAGUUCUUCAAGAAUGAAAGAUAGAAAUGAAAAGGGAGAGACUCCAUUACAUCUUGCUGCCAUUAAAGGCGAUGUGGAACAAGUCUGUAAACUGUUGGCUCACAGAGCAGAUCCGAACAUCAAAGAUUUUGCUGGUUGGACACCUCUUCAUGAAGCAUGUAGUCGAGGGUGGUAUGAAGUAGCUCUCAGGCUAAUUCAGGCAAGAGCUGAUGUUAAUGUUAAAGGAUUUCAAGAUGAUACUCCUUUGCACGAUGCAGCUUCAAACGGACACUUAAAACUAGUAAAACUUCUUGUAGAACGAGGGGCAGACAUACUUGCGAAAAAUUAUUAUGGAAAGACGCCUCUAGAUGUUGCUGCCGCUGGUGUCGCUCCAAUUAUGUUGAAUCCCAGCUUACCCAUAUCAGAAUCAAGUACAUCGUCGAGACCACCUGCUCGUUCGAGGGAUGAUAAGAAGGUCAUUGACUCCAGCAAACAACAACAAAAGAACCCAAUGCCAUCAUCCGAAGAAACCAUGGACACAUCAUCGACGUCCAACAAAGGCACCAGCGGUACGACCUCGUCCGCAUCAAGCGGCGUCGCAGCCGCCCCCGCCUCUUCAUCCGAGGACGUUUACGAGUUUAAAUCGGUGAAGGAGUCGUCCGACUCGGCGUCGUCACCAGACGUGAAAAAUUCCGAAGCAGCGUCGUCGCCGAACGACGUUAACGACGCCGUUGAUCCUCUUGGUGGCCUGGCGCCACCUGCAACCGGUGCGACGGCUUCAGAUGAAAGCUCGAAACGUAAUUAUUCCGAAGUAUCAGACACUGGUGAAGAUGGAAGUUGCAACGACGAAGAAUCCCGUAGGAAGAAACGUAAAGAAGAAGGAGGCGCUAAAGAGUCCAAGUCGGGGCCGGCUAUCCAAAGAAAUGUGGGACAAGGUAAAGGGGGUGUAGCGUCGACCAAACAAGGAACUGGGGGUGGCACUGGAAAUACACCCAGCAGCAAGGCGUCGGGGACGGCAAGCGCAUCAAAAACCGCUGUCGCUGCAAAUUCCGAUCGGAAAACUCCGCCAUGCACCAGUCCUAAACCUGCCAGUGCUAGUGACGCGGAAACUGAUGACGGAAAAACAGACCUUAAGGUGCCACCUUUAAAAAUUGUAAUUCCUCAGAGUUCUGCAAACGAGCAAGAGACGGGCUCGAGCAGGAAUGGGAAGAGCAAUUCGCAACGAUCGCACCAGGCAUUGCCCUACGUUGUCGCUACCUCGAACAGUGGCGGCAGCAGUGAAGGCGCGGAAAAAGACGCGGUCGGUGGAGGAUCAACCACCUCCACCGAUUCCGCUGUAGUCAAAAACGAAGACAAGAAGGAAUCCGUUAGCGGAAAUGAUGAACAGAGAUCGUCUAGCUCCGGUCACCACCAAAGGGUGUUACGCAGUUCACACCGUUCAGGUCCAAGUCAGACGGGUGCCGAUAGAGGUAGCAAUAACUCCUCCCCUCAACUGCAACGGUCUCACUCCCCCUCCCCUUCCGCUUCACCCUCAGCACCCCCUAGUCAAACCGAAACUGCCGUCUCUAGUAACCAUGGUAGCUCUUCUUCCGCAUCCACAACUAAAUCCUCUUCGGACGAUAAGGCUAACCCUACAAACGAAACUGAUUCAACCGCCACAACAUCCAAUACAAAUUUGUCUACACCAUCGGCUCCUGUUGAUCUACACCCUCGUAAAAGGAAGAUGAAGCCUAAUAAAGAUGUACCAACAACGACGCCUGCAAAUGAUCCCGUGGAAACUCCUGCCGUCUCCGAAAUUCAUCCCCACGAACAGCCUAUUACUAAUUGCUACCAGUUGUUCCUCAAUAUACGUAAACAGAUUGAAAAAAGAAGAAAAAGCCUAUUUCCCGUCCAACCAAAACCUCCCCAAGGUUUCAAGGACUAUCUAAUGAAUCGAUGUACCUAUGUGUUAGCUGGAACUACCCCUACAACCCCUAACAUAAGCUAUCCUUCGUCGCUUCCAAGUCAGAUGAAAGACCUUUUUACAGAACAAGAGAAAGAGCGGUACAGAUUGAGAAUGCAGCAUGUGAUAGAAAAAGAAAAGCUGGUAUUGUCAGUCGAACAGGAAAUUUUAAGGGUGCAUGGUAGAGCUGCAAGGGCUCUUGCAAACCAAUCGUUACCCUUUUCGGUCUGUACCAUACUUCGAGAUGAGGAAAUAUAUAACUUGAUAACCCCUGAACAAGAGGAAAAGGACAGAAAUGCCAGAUCUCGAUACAAUGGCCGUCUCUUUUUGAGUUGGUUACAAGACGUAGAUGAUAAAUGGGAGAAAAUCAAAGAACACAUGCUUUUAAGGCAUCAUAACGAAGCUGAAUCGUUGCACGCUGUACAAAAAAUGGACUGGGAAUGGAAAAUGAAAGAACUUAGUCUCUGUGAUGCAAAAAGCACUCCCACUAUAGACGAUCAUCAUGUGCCCAUUGUGCAUGUCAGUGAUGAUUUCGACCUUUUACCAGCUUAACGGAUUGCUAUUUCUAUGAAAUAAAGUUGCAAACGUUUUGUAAAUUUUACUUUUUAAUAAGUAUGUUAAAUGUUUUAUAGUAUCUCUAAAUCUACAAAUAAUGUAUGCAAUUGGA